GAAGAAGAAGAAGCAGGAGAAGGAGAAGAAGAAGAAGGAGAAGGAGAAGGAGAAGGAGAAGGAGCGGCUGCGCAGUCACGGCAGCACUUUGUUUUGUUUACAUCUGUUUCCACAUCGAAGCACGCUUACUUUCGGUACGAGUUGUGUCAGUUAAAUGCUUCACAUGACGACCGCAGAGCCUGCCAGCCUGGAGACCCUGUGUGUGCUGUACCAGAGCGAUGACUACAUCGUGGUGGACAAGCACUGGGACAUCCGCAUUGACAGCAAGAUGUGGUAUGAGAAACACACAGUGCAGGCGCAGCUCCGGCACCGCUUCCCUCAGCUGGCAGACCCUAGCACCUACUAUGGAUUUAGGUUCUGUCAUCAGUUGGAUUUCUCCACAAGUGGGGCUCUUUGUGUUGCCCUCAAUAAGGCUGCUGCCGGCCGGGCUUACCGCUGCUUCAAGGACCGUACCGUGACCAAGGCCUACCUCGCCCUGGUGUGA